UUGACGGAUUUGACAUUGGCGGGCGUCAAACCGGUACCCGCUAACGUCAAAUUUCUAAUUUACCAUUUUUACAAAAAAAUUGUUUUCCUGGGAAGGUGUAAGUCUGUGCGUUGUGUAGUCGUGGUCACUUUUUCUCGCUACAAUAUUGCACACAUUGCUUGAGAAUUGUGUAACAAAAUUACGGCCUUAUUGCGCUUGUAGUGGAGGUUAUGUGAAGAGGACUUCACAGAAAUGCGACUACAACUUUAAUCGAACAACGUGUUAAACCGUGAUUAUCUUUUGAGAGACACACAAUGUCACACUAUUCAAGGAACAACAAUUCGUUUGUGACUCCACCUCGGGCAUCCUUUCGACGGUAUUCGUUAGCGGACACAUCGUCUCUGACACCAACAAGAGCGACAAGCGCGCUGUACAAUAAUCACUUGAGCACCAAAAUUGGCAGUAGGAGCCCUGGUUAUACAACUCGAGUGGUGCAAUACAGCGAGGAGCAUGGGCGAUCCAGGCCUAGCCACCAGCACAAGUAUAACAAACUGGGCAGCUUCCCCAUUGUUCAUUUCUUCAAGAAAGAAUUACCAAGUUUAAAAAGAAAAGGUAGUGAAGGCAACAUUUCCCAAAUGAAUUCGGCUGAGCUGUCGAGGUUCAACAGUCCCGAACAGAACAGAUUAUUGUUGGAAAAAAUUAUAAAAAGUAGUCCAAACAAUGACAGCAUUUCGCAUAAAACUGAGACCAACACCAAGAGCGUUUUAGACGCCUUGAAGGAAAUUUCGCGGAAACGGAUUCAUUCCAGUGAGGAGGACUUUAUCUUGAAAGAUGAGGGUAAAAGGUUGCACAAGGAGUAUGAUAACGAGGGGGCUUCAAGAAAACGCUUAAGACAAAAUUCCUUGAGUCCUUCAAGUCGUUAUUCGUCGAUUAGUGAACUAAUCGCGUCACAUUCGUCAAUGGAUGGAUAUUUAGAAGAAGAGAAGAAGAAGGAGAAUUUAGUAAAAUUGUCAGUUCCACCAGUCACCCCCUUGAAGACCCCUCCAAUCGUCAAGACGUGCGUUGACGUUGAAACUCAAACUAUUAUCCCUGAACCCACCCCAGACUCCAGUAAAGUAGUUAUACCACAAAAGGAAGAAAAGGAAAAUGUGAGUGUUAACGAAGCUCGACCACAAAUCAAGGUGAAGAAAGCGUCCCCUCUCAAAAUUUUCGAUGAAACACCUCUGGAAACAAUGCGGAAGAAUCGACUCACAGCUUUGAUGGGUUCAGUUCAAAAUAAGAAUCAAAAACAAGAAGAAGAGACGAAAAGUGACGAGAAAUCAGCAAAACCACUCGUCUCCAUCCUCUCACCGACUAACAAAAGCCCCCACAAGAGUAACAAACAUGUUACUUUUGAUAUCCCGCAGUCGGAAAAUUCUCCCGUUUCAAGUACUACCCCGGUCACGUUUAGUGAAAGUACCACUCCAACUAAACUUGUAGAAGCUGUAACUAGUACUUCUACAGCUAUAAGUACUCCGAUUGUUUCGGCAAGUGUUGUAGAGGUGCCUCCUAUGACUUUUAAGGCGGCAGGUGAUGCGCCUCCACCUGCCGUUACCUCAACUCCCCCAGCUAGUAAAACCAUAAGUUUUGGAAACACAAACACAUUCAGUGUUUCCAGUACUGUUACUCCAACCACGUUUACUAGUUUACCAACCGUUAAACCAACUGAAGUGAAGCCCACAGUUGAGAAAACACCUCUAUCAAGCUUUUCCAGUCCGAGUCAAAAUUUUGAACCAAAAACUAGUGUGACAACUAGUAAUUUUACGUUUGGGAAACUCUCUGAACCAGUUGUGCCAACACAGAAAGGCGGGUUCAAGUUUGAGCUAAAGGACGCUACUACUAGUGUUGGUACAUCGUCACCGUUUCAGUUUAAAAGUCCCGCAGUGACCACGUCCGCUCCCGCGGAAAAACCAGUUAGUACUUUCGGUACUAUUAAACCAGCAAAUUCGUUACAACUUGCACAAGUCACUUCUUCCAACCCAGUGACUACUUUGCCUGCGUUUGGUGUAACAACAACAACUUCGAGUGAUUCCCCCAGCAAGAAUUUCCUAAUGCCGUCUGCUACCAUGUUUUCCGUAAACAAAACUAGUUCUCCAACCACAAGUACGUUCAUGCGCCCGCCGAAUCCGCUCCAAACAGCUAACUCGUCAAUGUUUAAUCCUCCACCAUCCUCCAACAAACCGUCAAUGUUUUCGUUCGGUAGUACAAGCACUGCAACUUCAACCGCAACUUUUGCUCCAAGUUUUACGCCCUCGACAACUCCCGGCCUGUUUGAGCCCAAAUCUGCCUUAAGUGGUUCCGCGAAACCGUCGUUGAAUUUUUCCGCCCCCAAUUCAUUCACAAUGUCUCCAGUGACCACUUCAAGUAGCUUUGCCCUGCCUCCUGUAACGACAACUUCCGCAAUGCCCUUCGCUUUCAAGCCGACUACUAGUUUUAGUAGUACUGUGGCAUCGACCACUUCAACAUUUUCGAACCCAGUUUUUGGUACUAACACUACUGCGAAUUUUGGUGGCGGUGCUAGUGGAGCGAAACCAGUUUUUGGGCAACAAGCAGCGACUGGCCCUUUGUUUUCAACCACUGGUUCCAGUUUUGGUACCACUAACACUUUUGGCACAACUUCAGCUUUUGGAGCAAACAACUCCAGCCAGAACGUCUUCGGAGCUGUUGCAACAACAACGAGUAGUAUUUUUGGCGGUUCUAAUACUUUCGGUACGGCUGGUUCUUCCUUCGGUAACUCGUUCGGAAGUGGGCAAAGCUCCGCAUUUAACGAACCCAAAAGUCAACCAACACCUUCAUUUGGUACUCCCGGAAGUUCGGCUUUCGGUGUCACGACUACCGCAAGUUUCGGUACGAAUUCAACGGUUUUUACCACAACAGCGUCCGGUUUUUCGGCAAGUAAUAGUACUUUUUCCUCGACUUUUGGCUCAAGUUCAGCGUUUGAUAAGCCAGCAGAAGCGGCAAGUCCGUUUGGUGGUGGUGGUAGUACCUUUGGAGGUGCUACUUUUGGUGCCAAUCCUCCAGUUACACAAAGUGGUGUUUUUGCGUUUGGUACUGAAGGUACGAAACCGCCUGUUUUUUCGUUCGGUUCCGCAGAACCGCCCAAACCUUCGUUUAAUUUUACGGCAGGUUCGGGUGGUUUCGAUGCUGGGAAAGGUUUCGGUGGGAAUCCACCCCCAGCGUUUAAUCCUGGUUUAACGCCGCAGUUCAAUAUGCCAGCUCCUGUGGGAACGGGGAUGUUUAAUAUAGGCAGUGGGGGCACGUCCACGCCCAAUAGGUCCAGGACUAUGCAUAAGACUAAGCGAAGAACGUGAAUGUUUUAGUAAAAUUAAAUUUUAUUUUAACUCAGUUUUAAUUAAGUUAAUUGUUUGUAACACAAAUAACACGAAAAUAAAGAACUUUUUUCAAAUUA